AUGGCGAUUGAAAAGCGGUUCGGUAAAGGCCGUCUGGACAAGUUCUACAGACUUGCAAAAGAGAAGGGAUAUCGUGCUCGAGCUGCUUUCAAGCUUAUUCAACUCAACAAGAAGUAUGGCUUCCUCGAGAAGAGCAAGGUCGUUCUGGACCUUUGCGCCGCGCCUGGUUCCUGGUGUCAGGUUGCGGCCGAGAUCAUGCCCAAGUCUAGCCUUAUUGUAGGUGUAGAUUUGUCGCCAAUAAAGCCAAUCCCUGGCGUUAUUGCAUUCCAGAACGAUAUUACCUCAGAUUCCUGCCGAGCCACGAUUCGACAACACUUGAAGACAUGGAAGGCCGACACCGUGCUGCACGAUGGAGCUCCCAACGUCGGUACUGCCUGGAUUCAGGAUGCUUUCGACCAGAACCAUUUGGUGCUCCAAAGUUUGAAACUCGCUACCGAAUUCUUGAACGUCGGAGGAACUUUUGUCACCAAGGUUUUCCGAAGUAAAGAUUACAACUCUCUGCUGUGGGUUUUCAACCAACUUUUCACCAAGGUCGAGGCAACCAAGCCUCCAGCAUCCAGAUCGGUCAGUGCCGAAAUCUUCUGCGUGUGUCGCGGCUACAAGGCGCCCAAGAAGAUUGAUCCUCGAUUCCUCGAUCCCAAAUACGUGUUUGCUGAACUUGCCGGCGCAACACCCAACAAUGAGGCCAAGGUCUACAACCCCGAGGUCAAGAAGCGCAGACGAGAAGGUUACGAGGAGGGCGACUACAUCCAGUUCAAGGAGAUGCCCGCUAGCGAGUUCAUUCACACUACCGACCCCAUUGCGGUUCUCGCUUCUUACAACAAACUCACCUUUCAGCAACCCCUUAAUGGCGAUGUAGCUCUGGCCGCGCUUGAAAAACUCUCCGAGACUACAGGCGAAAUCAGAGAUUGCUGCAACGAUCUUAGAGUGUUGGGACGAAAGGACUUCAAGCUUCUUCUUAAAUGGCGUUUAAAGGUCCGCGAGAUCUUUGGAUUAAAGACAAAGGACACCCCAGAAGAGGAGCCCGAGGAAGUGGCCGAAGUUGAGUCGAUGGAUGAAGAGCUCAAGAUUCAGGAGGAGUUGCAAGGUAUGAAGGACCGGGAAAACUCCAAAAGGAAGAGGGAGAAGCGAAAGGAGAACGAGAGAAAGCAGCGUGAGGUUGUGCGCAUGCAGCUCAACAUGACGGCUCCCAUGGAUAUUGGAAUGGAGGAGGCUGGCCCUAUUGGCGAAGGUGCAAUGUUCUCACUUAAGAAGGUCGACAAGACGGAUGCUAUGCGAAGGCUGAAUCGCGGCAAGAUGGUCAUUCCUCCCAAAACACCUCAGAGGGAAGCAGACAGCGGACUCGGCUCUUCUGGAGAGACCGAUGACGAGAGCGAUCCUGAAGAGGACCGUCUGGAACGAGAGCUUGAGUCCAUGUACGAUCAGUACAAGGAGCGCAAGUCCGAGGUCGAUGCUAAGUACCGCGCAAAGAAGGCUCGUAAGGAGCACGGCGACGAUGAGUGGGAUGGCUUGUCCGGUGAAGAGGCAGAGGAGAGGGACGAUUCGUCCGAACUCGAAGAGGACGAUUCUUCUUCUGAUGAGGAAGACGAAGCUCCCGUCCCUGGACUUAUUAGAGACCUGGAUUCUUCGAAGGGAGCCAACGGACUUUCCAAGAGAGCUACCGCCUUCUUCAACCAAGAUAUCUUCCAGGGUAUUACCGGUAUAGUCCCUGAGGCCGAGGAGGCCGCCGAAGACAGCGCUGAUGAGGAGAUCGACCGAGAUGUUGCGGCUGUCGUAGCUCAACAAGCCAAGAACCGCAAGACCGAAAAGCCUACAGCCAAGCCUGUCAAGGCCAAGGACACCUUUGCCGAUUCCGAUUCCGAGAUGGAAGAUAAUGAUGGGUUUGAGGUAGUGAAGCGAAGUGAAGAGGAUGACUGGGACAAGGAUACACGAAGACCCGAUGGACGUCCUGAUAUCGAUAUCAUCACUGCAGAGGCCAUGACACUUGCACAUCAACUCGCCACUGGUCAGAAGACGACUCAGGAUGCCAUCGACGAUGGUUUCAACAAAUUCGCCUUCCGCGAUCGCGAUGGUCUGCCAGACUGGUUUGUUGAGGAUGAGUCAAGACACGACAAGCUUCAGAAGCCCAUCACAAAGGCUGCUGCGCAGGCUAUCCAGGAGAAGAUGCGAGCCUUCAACGCUCGUCCCAUCAAGAAGGUGCGCGAGGCCAAGGCUCGCAAGAAGUUUAAGGCUGCGCAGAGAUUGGAGAAGCUCAAGAAGAAGUCCGACAUGCUCAACAACGACGAGAACAUGACGGAGAAGGAGAAGGCAGACAGCAUUGGACGAUUGCUUUCCAAGGCGAUGAAGAAGAAGCCCACACAGGCAGCCAAGCUUGUUGUUGCCCGUGGUCUCAACCGUGGUAUCAAGGGACGUCCGAAGGGUGUCAAGGGUCGCUACAGAAUUGUCGAUCCCAGGAUGAAGAAGGAGUUGCGAGCGCAGAAGAGGAUCUCCAAGAAGAAGAAAUAA